AAUAAUAUUCCAUCGAACAAAUCCAUCGACAAUUACGGGAUCUCACUCUCUCAGAAGUCAGACCUGCUCACAUCAAUUUGUCACCAUCUCCCGACCCCAAUACGGCGUCGUCCGGGAUACCGUCCGCUCAGUAGAGGUAGAUGGGGUUGUUUAAGAGGAUUGCGGGGUUACCAGGGUUUGCCAAGGACGACGGACUCGAAGGCAAAGACAACGAUGAGGAAGAAGACAACGAUGACCACGCCCAGAACCGGGACCACUUCCAAGAAACUGGGCAUCCCCUCAAAGGCUUUAGCGUUCCCGUCCAGGUCACCGUUGACCGUAAUCUGCCCGGCCCCGUCCUCGUUCCUUGUCGUUCCGGCGACGGCGGUGUCCAGGGUCUAAGAUGGCAUGCAAAGCGACUCAGAAUAGACGAAGAUGGAGAUGUAGCAGACGAGUUCCUUGAUAAGGUCUUCCCAGGGAUGUCAAUCGGUACAGAAAAUAAUAGGGCGUUACCAAGGUUUGAAGUGAAACACAAUACGAAGCCAGCUAAAGUGAAGACUCAAGCCUUGCAUGAUGGGAAUAUCUGACAGCACGUGGAAUACCAGGAUAGAUCGCAGUGGAGAUGAAGACUCCUAUAACAGGUCAUCAAGUCUGGGGGUUUUCGAUUAAUUUUCGUGGUCUGUUAACUUUUUCAGUGAAUUUGUCAACCGUGUUCUGGUGCAGUUAAGAAAUGUGGAAGACUACAUCCCAUUGUAUUAAAUACCUAAGGUUUAUGGUAUGAAAGUUGUAUCCUUGAAAGGUUUUGGGUUGUACUGUUGGUUGGAAACAAAGUAUCUUGGACCUGUGUUUGUGGAUUUGCAUGUAGGAGUCGAAUGUAUACAUUUAUAAUUCAGUAAUAUACGCAGGUAGUGGAAAUGCUAAUUCUGUGUUCCUUUG